UUGGAUCUACUGCCUGGAUCACAUCGUGUCUCAGUGCUUGUCUACUUUCUACAAUGAUUGUGUGUUGUCUAAACAAGUCUAAAGACUGGACAAGUUCUCAGUCAUGCUGACCUUGUGGUGUGACUGAUCACCAACACCAUCAAAACAAAAUGGCUGUCAUUUGGACAUUCAGUCUCAUUGUUGCUUCUUUACUUUCUAUUCAGAUGACUGGACAGACUGUUUCAGCUGCCUAUCUAGUCAUCAGCGCCUCUCCAUCAUCAAUUCAGCCAAUAUUGACCACUACCCUGAAACUCAGGUGUUCCAUUAAGUUGGAUAAUACACUCAACGCUCGUCAGAUACAUGGGAAUCUAGGCGUGGAACAGACCAACACUGAGCCUCCAGCCUUGGCAGACGUGGAUCACAUCGUGUCAAUUAUCUUGAAGAAAUACAACUCUGUCACCUUGACCAACGAAGCUGUGGCUAAUAUCAUCCCUUACGACAAGCCAGUGGCCGAAGGCUCUUACGCCAAUCUGGUCCAAGUAGAUGGCGACACAGACAGUUCUCCUGUGCCUGGGGAAAAGGGGUACCUCGAAGUCACGUGGUUCAAGCCCAUGGAGGGAGGGACGUUUAGUUGUGAGGUCACGGCCUUGACAUCUGACCGACAUCCUACCACUCUAACCCAGAACUUAGAAGUUUCCGUGAUCGAGCCCGGUAUUUCAGAUCUUGUCAUCCAUAUUGCCGCCCACGACCUUGAGCUUUCAAAGCACAAAAAAUAUAUAACUCAGCUCGAGGAGGUAAAUAAAGAAUUAAAGCAAGAAGUGGACAUUCUUAAGUCUAACAUCACAUUACACCAAGAUUUAUAUGCCCAUCUGCGCCAAGAUCUGGACACGCUGACUGCUAACAUAACCCACCAAACUUCAGCUUUGAUCUCUCAAGUUCACGGACUUAAAAGACAAAACUUGCAAACUGGAUUUGACGUGUGUAGAAGCCAGUUUAUCAGAUUCCCCACGCCUUACGUGACCAAACCUCAAGUCGUGACUUCGUUUAUCCGACUGGGCUUUACGCUAACUGCCAACUCCUUGGAGGAGCCUUACAUCUUUCAAGUCAAUGCUGAAAAUGUCGACGAAGUGGGUUUUAACGUAACCUGCAUCAACACCGGACAUGGCGCCAUUGCUGACUUUGUCUGGCUAGCCACAGAAGCCUAAACAAUGUCAUAGCAAUAGAAAUGGAGCUAUAAUACUUUCUAUUAUUUUUUACAUAAAUUGUUCUGUGACACGGAUCUUAUCACGUGGGAAUCAAUCGGUUUUGUUUUGAAUUUGCGACACAUGAAAUCUUUCCAAAAUUAAACGUUAUCAAAGAAACACA